GUAAAUUAUUUGGCGCCUUUUACCAGGAUCAGCUGUCUAAGUUAAAAUGGCGCACCCAGAUGGUUAUGAUAAACUAACAAAGGAUUUUGAUAGCUUUUGGCUAAAAUUUUAUAAAAGCAAUUAUCUGUCGCCAAAUUUUCAAAGAUUGCCUAGGUGCUGGAAUGUCAAGGAUCGCUCACGAUCAUUAAGACUAUCUCAUUUCUCGCUUACCGUGUCUUUCAGUAGCGGAUUUAAUGAGCGUCAUGGUCUUUCAAAAUUUGAAAUAGUUUAUUUUCAUUUUUAGACAGUAGUUAUAGCGGUCAGGAUGCAGCCUGUGUCCGUUCAGAUGCAUCUAUUCCACUGACGACUGGGAUAUACUAUUUCGAAAUAACGUUCCUAAAUAAGGGUACUAAUGGUUGUGUUUCUGUUGGGGUUUCGAUGAAGACUUCCAGCCUCAACAAGUUUCCGGGUUCUGAAAACAAUUCAUUUGGCUAUCAAUCAGAUGGUUGUGUUUAUCAUGGCUCACCCACAUUGUCAACAAAGUUCGGUCCUCGCUUCAAUGAAAACGAUAUUAUUGGUUGUGGUGUUGAUUUCCUCUCGCAAAGUUUGUUCUUUACUCGAAAUGGCAUAUUUUUGGGUAAAGCCUUUGAAGGAAAAGUACCUGUUGGUGCUGGUACACGUUUGUUCCCCACUAUAGGGCUACAGGGUCGCGGAGUUAGAAUAACUACCAAUUUCGGGCAACAGCCUUUUUAUUUUGCUUUUGAAAACCAUCUUAAAACAGAACGCAUAUCUCAUGAAAACAAACUUAUUGAACGUACAUGUAAAGAGGAUUUUGCAGGAAUAAAAAUAAAAGAGCUUGUAUCGGGAUACCUUGUCCAUCAUGGUUACGUUGCAACAGCCAAAGCUUUUUCACAUUGGUCCAAUCUUGCAUCUUCUGUUCAGAAUUCCGAAUUUCAAAAAGACCGAAUACAACUUUUCAAUGAAAACAUAUUGAGUCGGUCAAAUGCAAUAUCUAGUUCGUCCGAGACAAAUAUUGAUGGGAAUUCGGAUGUAACAUGCAAAGAGUCUAAUCCUCCUGUACUUCAGCGCCGCCAUAGUGACAGUUCUUGUUUAGCCCCAGAAAAUGCAAACUCUCAUUUAGGUCAACUUCCUGGCAUUGCAAGUAUGCUACACAGAAGACGAUUGCGAGCAUUGUGCCGACGAUGCCAAUAUGGAAGAGCUGCUGCCACAUUAAAUCGCUUCUAUCCUCAAGUUCUUGAGCGGUGUCCAGAACUACUUGUUCAGCUUCGUUGUCGACAGCUAAUUGAAAUGAUGCGUCGUCAUGCUGUGAGACGUGGUCAUAGUCAUGCAUCCAGCUCAGGAAGUGACUUAAACGAUUCCAGUUCAACGACAGCCCCACCAAAAGUUCAGAGAGUGUCUGGGUCUCUUCAUGUUGGCUCAGGGUGUUGUGUAACCAAUAAACAAGAUAAUUUAUCUCAAGAUACUUCUAGUUCUGUUCAGAUGGUCGUUGAAAAUGGCCUACCACCCUCAUCAAUGGAUGUAGAUCCAGAAGAUGUACUUGAAGUGCCUUUUCCGAAGAAUGAGGUUAAAGCAAUGGAACAAAAAAGCAAAGUAGAUCAGGAUUGCAAUAUGCUUACAGAAUUUGAUGAUGAUUUGGAAACAGCUGAUGUUGAAGAUGAAGAGGAUGAUGACGGUUUUGGAGCUGAUGAUGAUACAGGUGUGUGUAUUGACACUCUCUUGCCUCAUAAUAAUUCAAAAGUUAACCUGUCGGGUAAUGAAACAUUUUUACCUUCAGAAAUGGGUGGCGAUAGUGAAAUUUCUUCUGUGGAAUCAAGAUCUAAGCCGAAAACAGAUGUUUCUCUCACUAAUUCCGAAUUGGACAGUGAUGAUGAAAUGCGAUGCUUGCUAAGACAUGUUCAAUUUGGUCGAUCGCUUGUGAACCUAGUUAGACAAGUUAGAGCAAAAACGGGUGGUUUAUCCUUAGAAACCGAACGUUUAUUACAACAAUCUGUUAGUUUGUUGGCCUAUCCAUCACCUACAUCAAAUGAUUGUCCUUUACGUGGUUUACUAGAUCCAGUAUGGCGAGAUACAAUAGCCAGUAUUAUUAACAGUGCUGUUUUAAAAGCUCAUGAUCUCCCAGCUCAACCAGCGCUCGAACACGGUCUUCGUGCACUGCAGCGUUGUUUCCAAGAUAAGAACUUUGUCGAGGCUCAAACUCUUGGUCAUUUUUUACUGUAUCACUUAACACCCUCACAAAUAGCAAAGGCAGACGAGGAAGUUGCAGCUUUAGAGGCUUCUGUAGAACAUCAAAGUGGCAAGCGUUUGAGGUCCUCACCUUCACAAUUAAAUGGUGAACAUAUCAAUGAUCCUGAUGACAAUACUUCUUCUAGUUCUCGUAGCAAUGAAAUCAAUGGUCAUAAUACAGUUCGACGUAGAGCUUGUCGUCGAAGACAAAGAAGAGUUGAUGAGACUGUAUCUGAAAGUCAGUCUUCUGAACAUACUGAUGAGUGCAACUCUUCAGUAGAGGAAGUUAAUAAAGAAGAUGAUGAAGAGGAAGAAGAUGAAGAAGGACGUUGUGGUUCUGACGAUGAUGAUGAUGAUUUUGAAAACGAUGAUGAUGAAGAGGAUGGUUCAUCUGCUGUUCCUUCUCGCCGACCUAACACACGUAGUAGGCAAACAGCAUCAGUGGGGGCGCAAAGUGAUAGUAGUUUUUCUGAAAGUAGAGGUUCAAAUGGAGGUUCCUCUGGUCGAAAUCAUUCUAGUAAUUCUUCAAAUACUGCUUCACUUACAUCUACUGACACUGUGACACCAAAUAUCCGCCUUGGUCGUCAGACCGAUUUAGCUCGUUACCUCCCCUCAUUUUUAUAUUCCAAUCAUGGAAGACUGGUAACAUCCGUUUCAAGUUCUUCAGUUCCCACCCUUCAUCGCCCAAGUGCUCCUAGUCGUCGUUUUACAACAUUACCUACCUCUGCUCGUAUUGACAAUAAUCAAUCACGUAGAUCCGAAACAGUAGACAGUCAUUUUGAUUCUGCUUUUCGUGGUCUAUUAUCAAUGUCAUAUCCUCACCAUGCUGAAUUUCUUGCAGCUAUGGAUGAUGCUUUAAAAGCAUAUGCUGGAUCACUUUUAUUCACUGAAGAUGAACAAAUUGCUGUAUCUAAUCCACAACAUGAAUAUUUACAAGGAGAUCCUCCAUCGCCGACUGGUGGAGGUGCUUGUACCUAACAAUUCAACUGGGAAUAUUCACUUUCAGGAUUGUACAUGAUUUUCAAAGAGAGAGAGAACGAAAGCAAUUAUUGUUCAGUCCCCUUAUAUAGUUUAUUACUUCUACAACAAACAAAUAAAAACUAUCAUGAAUCAACUCUAUUUUUUGUCAUAAUAUUUAACAUUUAGUUACGGAAUUCUGUUCUAUAAUAUCACAGCUGUACAGAAUAUGAAUACUUAUACACAAACCUAGUCAUACGCUAUGUGGAUUGGUAUUCUAUCCUCAAAGAUAAAAGCUUAAUUCAUUUUUAACCCUAUUAAGUUAUCUGUUGACGAUUCUUGAUUUUUGCCAUACUGUUAUUGUGAUUGAUUCUAUUUUGUGUUUUUUUCCUCUCUCUCUCUCUAUUGUUUGUGGCUAACGUGUUAGUUAUAAUGCGCAGUUUUUUUUCUUAUUCUUUCUCUCAAUUUCUUAAUCACUGACAAACGUCAUUACUUACGACUCACUAUAACUUCUAUUUGUGAUUUAGUUCAGUAGUUUUAAACGACCAAUUAUAUAUCGUGUUACAGUACUAGUAGUAGUUGUUGUAUUUCUAGAUGGAGAUAGUCGAUUUUUGUUAUAGGAUAAAUCGAUUGAUGAUAAUAUGACUGCCCGUUUUAUUUCUUUUUCAAUAAAAGAAAUUCCUUUUUAGAAUUGUUGUACUUCAUGUUUUUGUUUUGCUUCACUUUUAGUUGUGUAACAAAAAAAUCUAUGGAUAUUAAUUUGUCUUUGUGAAAUGGAAGCAAAUAACUCUUCCCCUCUCUAUAUAUAUAUAUAUGUAUGUUUAAGUGGUGUUGUUGUUAUUACUGUUAACAAUGCAUUAAGUAUAAUAAUGCGAAGAAUGUCUGAUUUUGCAUAAUUCAUCUAAGAACGACAACAACAACCGAGAUUUAUUCUUCCUCUCGCCUCCUUUUCUCCCAUGGUUUUUUUUCGUUUAUUUUUUAUUUUUGCCCUGAAAAAAAAACCAACAUUUAAAUAGAAUGAAGAGGUGAAUUGUAAAAAAUGAAUUUGACACUUUAAUUUAUGCCAUGUAAACAACUGAAAAUGGAAGUAGUUUUUAGUGGUUAUUUUCUUCCACUUUUUCUUCAUUAUUUCCUCUUUGUUCUUGUUUGAAUUCUUAUUUAUUUGCAUUCUAUCGAUUUAUUUUCUGGAUUUAGUUAUAAAUAUAUAUAUUUAUAUAUACAUACAAUACAUUUUUUUCGUUUUAAAUUCAUAUCACCAUUUUAUUGGUCUGUAUUACUUGUUUUCUUCCUAAUCAUUCUUGUUGUUUAUAAAAUUAAUAAUGGUAAUGACUCAAUACUGAUAGAUGACAUGAUGAAUACAAAGUGUUGUUCACCUAAUAAA